AUGCUCCGCGCGCCCGCCUCUCCCCCAUCCAACAACGCCGCCGCGCCUGACCAUCGCGACGCCACUCGUCGCCCUCCUUCCAGAUCGCUCGUCGCCGCGCCACGCGCCACGCCGCGAGGCCGCGAAACCGACGAUCGCAGCUACUGCCGGGGCAGGGAGCCGCUCCGACCGCCGCACCUCGCUCGCCCUGCGCUUUCCACCUCGCGCCAGCUUGCGCCCAUUCGACCGCGUGGCCCGCGCGCACGAUGGCAGCGCAUCUUGGUAGCGGUGCUGUCCUUUACGGGGAUCGCGCUCGCUCUGGCUCCGCUGGCGGGUGGCGGGCGAUGGCGGCGGGCGGUCUCGUAUUCAUGGCGUCUCCCCGUGCUGCGACGAGCUGGCGACGACGCCAUGCGACACUCUGCUUGGCCCAGCGACGGGGAUCUGCGACUAUCCGACGACAGAGACGGCCGCUUUGGGAGUGGGUGGGGAGGAGGGGGGAACAUGGGCCAAGGUCUGGCGGCACAGGGGGAUGGGGGGAGCGCGGGGAAUGGGAGUUGGGGUUGGCGCAACUGGAAGGGUGCGGGGGAGGGUGAGCUGGGCGGGGGGCUGAGUGAAGCGCGGAGGAGGGAGGCGCUGCAGGGGCAGGAGUGGGGCAGCAGAGGGGCGAGGCUGAGAGCGCGGGCUGCGGGGGAGCAGAGCCGGCGAGGCGUGGGCGGUGGGGGCGUGAGUGGGCAACGAGCGGAGGUUUCAAAGGGCGGCGAGCGGGCGGGCACGGGGGAAGUGGGCAGCAGCGGUGGCGGAGGCGGGCAGCAGUACGGCGUGCAAGCAGUGCAGCGGGAGGCGUGGUGGACGGCGUUUCAGAGAGGCGCUGCUGUGAGCUCACAAGGCGUCCACCAGUGCUCGUCACUGCUGCCCCCUGACAUCCAGCCACUCAACGUAGCGCGUGUGGCCCCCACGGCGCGCCUGGAAGUGGCGGACCUUACGCUGCCGGAUGCGCGAUGGCUGCUGGUGCUGCCGAGGCACGGAGUGGGCAACACGCUGCGAGGCUGGGUGUCCGCCGUGCCCUACGCUGUGCUGUCAGGCCGCACACUCGUGCGCGCCCACGCCGCACAGCACAGCCGCGUGCUCGACAGCCUCUGCCUCGCCUUCCACUGCGCCUUCCCCGCCCUGCAAGGCCCGCUCUCCCUCGCUGCCACUGCAGGCCAGGGCGGCAGGGGGGGGAGUGAUGGCGAGAGGGAGAGGGAGGCGGAGGAGGUGAUGGCGGCAGUGAAGGCGCUGGACCCAAUGUUCUUCCUUGAAAUCAGCGACACGCCUGACGCGGUGGCCGAGACAGUGCCAUCGGACUAUCCCCUGCUGGCCACGCGUGCCGGCACCUUCUUUGAUGCCUUCUGGGAGCGCUCGCCCCCGCUGCGCGCCUGUGUGUUGGCAGCCUUCCAGUGUGCCUCCCUCCACUGUGUGCGCUCCAAAGCCCUCUUCUCCCUCCUCGGCGCCGGCCCCUCCCCCGCCCUGCUGCUCACCGCCCACUCCGUGCUGCGCGGGCCAGCCGGCAGUGAGGGGGAGGAGGCGGGCCGUGCAGGCGCAGGAGACGAGGGGAAGUCUGGGGGGGUAGGGAGGAAGGGCGGUGAGAGGGCAGGUGCAGGGUACGUUGCGGAACGGCAGACGCAUAAGGGGCAGACGCAUAAGGGGCAGACGCAUAAGGGGCAGACGCAUAAGGGGCAGACGACAACAGGUGGGGCGACCCCUGGGCUCACGGGCAAGCGGCAUCUCCUGAGUGUUGCAAGGGAGGGCAGGGACAAGGGUGGAGGGGCGCGAGGGGAGGAGCAGGGAGAGGGGGCGGUGUGGUUUGACGUGGCGGUGCAUGUGCGCACUCGCACUCUCGCCGUGGAGAAGGCAGUCAAGCCCGGCAGCACCGACACGCAAUGGCAGGGGUGCACCGAUGCAGGCGCCAAGCCCUCCGCCCCGCCCUUCCUGCAGGACUGCCUGUGGCGCUGCGUGCUCUCCACCAUCUCCCUCCUCGCUGCCAACUCCACCACCAGCAGCAGCGGCAGCAGCAGUGGCCGUGCGGACGUGCAGUCAGUGCCCUGGGCAGGAGGGCGGGGAGGGAGGAGGUUGACGGUGUUUGUGGCAACGGACGACGAGGAGCUGCGCCCCGCGUUUGUGGAGCGAUUGCAGCGCAUGGAGGGGGCACGGGUGUACUGGUCCGCAGCAGCAGUGCGCCACACGUCCAAGGCGGGGGUGGAUGGGCAAGCGGGGCAGGGGGGGCUGCAUGGGCUGGCGGAUUGGUGGCUGCUGUCGCGUGCCUCUGCUGUGCUGCAGGUGGCGCAUGCUAGCUCCUUUGCUUACUUUGCCUCUCUCUUUGCCAACAGCACUUUUGCUUCGGUUUCCACAUUAAAUGGCCGCUGUGAUGUGCAUUAUGAGCAUAUAGCCGAACCUGUUACAUGA